CGUUGAGCUUGAACCUAACCUUGGAGGCUUGUCAUGUCAAAAUUAUUUUCAUCCGUUCUCCGUUGUGAAAAAAAAGUUAAAAGUUUUGCGAUGAAGCACGAUGUCCGCUGGAUCACGUUAAAAGUUUGAGAAAAAAUGAAUAUUACUGUUAGUUUACAAACAUUUAAGUACAGUGUUUUUGGAAAACACAUUCGGUAUUCGUUGUGCGCUAUCAAUAGCAAAUAUUUGAAAAAUGUAUUAAUCAACCAACACCGCCAAUGCAACGAUUCGGCCGUAGUACGUAAACCUAUACACAGUUCGGUAUUUCAAGCAAUUUCUAAACGUGUUUUUAUCACUCAUCGUAACACCAUAUCCGCAUAUCGUUCCGCUCACUACAAAUCAGUUUUUGAUAUCGAUACGAAUGUGAAAACCGACGUUCUGUUGUAUCGAAAUAAUUCGUGGUACUUUAGUAUAUUGGGAUAUCUGGCCGCUCUGCAAUUAUCAGUGUGGGUAUAUUUCGCGUACAAUUACAUCAGAUACGCUCGAUUAAUUCCUGAAAGUGAAAACGAAGUAUAUAUUUUCAAUUUAAUACCUUUGCACGAUACGAAAUGGAUGUACGGUAUACCGUUUACGUUUGUAUGCACAGGUGUUGGUAUCGGCGCUGCGAUGCUGCUUUUUUCAUUCAAAAACAUCCAUAAGAUAAUACUCCACAAAGGAGGUAAAUCGGUGUACAUUGAAACUUUCGGCGCGUUCGGAUUACAGCUCAGAAGAAAAUUCCAACUGAAUGAACUGACGUGUAAAAUGAGCCGUCAAUCUAGUAAAGGAUACGUUCCUUUGAAGUAUAAAGGUAUAUGGUUCAAUCUUCUCAUAGAUAAGGAAGGCGAUUUCUCGGAUCCUCAUUUGUUCGAUAUGACCGCCGGACUCUACAGAGAAUUGGAUUGGCUGAAGAGUAAAAAAUAAUUAGUAUAGUCGUAGUAUACAUAAGUAUAAAAGCCUACUUUGAGUUUAGAUUUUUGUACGUUUGCUUUGUUUGGAAAUAAAAAAAGCAGUAGAUUAUAUUCCAGAGAA